AAUUUCGCAUCGGACGACGAGGUGUUCCGGCUUGACCGUCUGCGACCCUGAAGAGAGCAGGUACAGGCCGGUCCCGCAGCGCGGAUCUCCGAAGAGUAAGAACUUGUUCGGAUUCGCUGAACGCCGCGCCGCGCCGGCCUCUCUCCGUAAUUACAUUACCCGGGCAGAGAGCGGCGGGAACGCAUUGAAAGCAACAAGAAGAGCCUAAGCCUACUGGAGCAGUCGGCGGAACAAGGACAGAGUGGACGGUGCACUGUCCGACCGGGCCAGGGGAGCUGGAAGGAAGCCCCAUUGUGGCCAGGUUGCUUCUCUCUUCAGCGAACUCUGCUUCCAUUUCCUCUGAUCCUCUCUCUCUCUCACUCUCUCUCUCUCUCUCUCUCUCGCUCGCGCGCUCGCUGCGCUCCCCUCUAUUUCUUUGGAGCACAGACUCCUUCCAGCGUGGAACCCGAGCGAUUCUCAGGUGCGCAACACAUUUCGGUCCCCUAUUUUUCUUCUCGGCCAGCGCCAAGGCCUUUUGUCUCCCGUUCAUUCCCCCCUCCGCCGUGAUCACUGCCCCCUCUCGCCCCUCAUUUCCCCCACCCGCGGAUCGCUUUCUCCGUUUAUCGUUGGUAGCGGGCCGAUAGCCGAUAGCGGUCGCCGCGACAGUUGGUACCUGGCGAACGGCUGGAGAACGCCGACGUCUCGCGUGUCGGUUCUCGUGCUUCCUCGGCUCCUCGCGCGUCAUACGAAACGAAACGUCAAGCUGCCAUCGUCCGGCCAGUGUCUCUCCUCGUGCUCUUCCCUUCUUCCUUCCUCUUCCGUCCCCGAGUCCCCCGGUGGUCCCCAAGAGGCCCCUCUCCGACGUCCCGCGUCCCUUCGAUUCCCUACGAUUCUCUCUCGUCGCAGUCGAGACUGUACUCCGAUCUUGCUCCCCCUCCAAGCAUCUCAGCAGAUCGCGCUCCUAGUACCUUCCAUCCUAACGUCUCUUCAACGUUCGCUACCUCCGAGUCACCUGUGAUCAUUUUCUGCGUCUUGGCAGUGCCUCGUCGUUUUCGGUCCACAGAAAUAUCUCCGACUGUUUCAUCCACGUUCAGGAAAAAGAACCACAUCGUUUCAAACGUCAUCUCUUCGACCAUCUUCAUCGCCGUCCUCUUCAACACCUUGAUCUCACAUCGUCCACCGCAGAGCCGCUGUCAGCCAUCUUCGACAGUCCGUUCGCGGUCUCUUGGCGAGAUCGCAUCGCGGUUGAACAUUGUUCGGCCGGUUCGCAGUGAACCCGCGCGAGUGUGUGUCUGGCUCGGUGGUGGCUGGCUCAGUGUCGGUUCGAUGUUCGGCUUGGGAAGCAGGAAGGUGCUCAAGUACUCGGCCAUCGACACGUCCCUCUCCAUCGACGUCGAGGACACCGUCACGUGCUUCUGCAGAAUUCUCGAAGACCUCACUGGAACCGACAAACGCUAAUUCCCUCCAUCCGCCAAGGACACAGACCUCGCUCGAAGAGUCCUGUUGAAGAGAAACGAGAAAGAUGGCGACGGAUCGCGAGCCCGAAGAGUCCAGAAUCCGUCAGACGAGGUCCGAGGAGCCAGCCGGCGAGGACGAGAACGAGAACGGAAGAACGGUUUGAAGAAGGACAAAGAGAGCAGCGACCUUGCGAGGACCCAGUGGAGAGACCCAGUGGAGACCCAGUGGACGAUCCAGAAGAAGAUAGUCCGAUAUAUCGUAGGAAUAGAGAUCCAGAUCGGUCCGUCGGCCGAGAUCGAGAGACAACCACAGGGGUGCCGAACACCAGGGUGAACACCAGCCGGCAGACUCGGUGUGUCCCAGCCGGUGUUCGAUGAGAACCGAACAAGAUUUGGUGCAUACCCAGCGUACGUGAGAAGGUCCUCGGGCAGGAGGACGGGGCGCCGAAGAGAUCGUCCUCGACGACGACGAUCACCACGACGACGAUGCUCCGGUCGCCGGCCCGCGUCGUUCUCCAGGACUCCUCUUCCGCCUCGACGUCCUCGACCCUGUCGGCGCCGCCGACGCCGGUCCACCACGGCGCCGGUUCUGCCGCCUCCUCGCGUCUUUCCCUCCUCGACACCUGCCACAGGAAGAUCAGGUUCUUCGGCGAGCUUGUCGCAAAAGCCCGACGAAAGGAGAAGGAUGCGGGAACCACAGAGGAUCCGAAAUUGUACCUCGAGGAGGCGGCCCUCGAAAGGCAGCUGCCCGAACUGGACCUGAGGAUGCUGGUCGAUCUGCCGCCUGGCCUCGACUACAACGAGUGGCUGGCCUCUCACACCCUCGCACUGUUCGAUCACAUCAACCUCGUUUACGGAACGAUAUCCGAGUUCUGCACCAUGACGGGCUGUCCCGACAUGACCGGUCCCGGUUUAAGAACGUAUCUGUGGUUCGACGAGAAAGGGAAGAAAACGAGAGUGGCAGCGCCACAGUAUAUAGAUUAUGUUAUGACUUUUACACAACGCACCGUUAGUGACGAGACUAUAUUUCCUACGAAAUAUGCAAAUGAAUUUCCUAGCUCGUUCGAAUCGAUAGUGCGUAAGAUCCUGCGGCUACUGUACCACGUGGUGGCACACAUUUACCACUGCCACUUCAGAGAGGUAGCACUAUUGGGGUUGCACGCUCACCUCAAUUGUGUGUUCGCCCACCUCACGCUCCUUAAUCAACGCUUCAACCUGAUCGAUCCCAAGGAAACGGAGAUCUUGGGGGACUUAGAGGCUGCCCUCUUGGGUGACUCGACAUCAUCAUCUGCGCCUUCACAAACCUUAGCCAUCCAGGAGACUCCGACCACAGCCACCUAGAUCGCAAUGCACAGCAAGCCAGAGGUUGCAGUUCCUGAGACUAGGUGACGAUAGGCGUUUGUUUUCCACCGUUUUAAGUUCUUCUCUCCCUUUUCCCUUUUUCCUCUCUGUCUCUCUCUCUUUUUCUCUUUUUUUUUUUUUAAACAUAGAAUAUGCGAGCAACAGAGUUUAAAGGAUAAACGACCACACGCAGGUGGAGCGAAAGCGCAGUUCUGUAAAAACCAGUAGUACCUGUACAUAGCGAAGUGUGAACAACAACUACAUGAUGUAAUUAGGUUCCUCCGUUUGUUGUUUGUGAGAUUGUACAUAAUUUAUUAAACAGUAAGAUAUACGGAAGAGACGAAGGAUGAUUAUUGAUUAUUAUUGACAAAGUUAGUUGCUAUAAGAGAUAAUUUGUUCUGUAAAAAAAAAAAAUACAAAUAACGAUAUGAGACAAAGCGAAUGAAACGAUAAUAAUAUUGUAAAGUUAAAGUAAUACCAAAUAUAUACCUGGUGUUAAGGCA